AUGCUUCCCCGAGCUCUACUCUUUUUCCUCAGCCAUCUCUCCUCGAUCGUCUGGGGGUUAAAGUGUUUAUCAGGACAUCCAACGGUACCGGCCGUCUGUCAAUCUCUCUCUUAUUGUGUGACGAUACGAAACGCGAAGGGGUCUAUUCAAAGGGCAUGUGAUGGAAACGGGGUAAACCAGCUAUCACUUUGUGCCUUUAAUUUGGCAGUGCGUCGACCUCCGGGUGGAGGCGGAGUUCCAUCUGACUAUGCACUAUAUCCUAGCAAAUCCUCGAACCGCUACUCCCCGGCGUCAACUCAGCAGCUGUGCUACAAUGGCGGUGAUCUCGGCGAGAUAUGCUGCUGCCAAUGGGAGUAUUGUAACGGAAUUCCGCGCAAUACACCCAUAGCGCUUGCCUUUCUGAUUCCCAUAGUCUUCUUAUUUAUUGGCGGCUACCGAUUG